AUGGGUAAGGACGAGCGUACUCACGUUAACAUUGUCGUUAUCGGCCACGUCGAUUCCGGCAAGUCUACCACUACUGGUCACUUGAUCUACAAGUGCGGUGGUAUUGACUCCCGUACUAUUGAGAAGUUCGAGAAGGAGGCUGCUGAGCUCGGAAAGGGUUCCUUCAAGUAUGCCUGGGUUCUUGACAAGCUCAAGGCUGAGCGUGAGCGUGGUAUCACCAUCGAUAUCGCUCUGUGGAAGUUCCAGACCGCCAAGUUCGAGGUCACCGUCAUUGAUGCCCCCGGUCACCGUGACUUCAUCAAGAACAUGAUCACUGGUACCUCCCAGGCCGAUUGCGCUAUUCUCAUCAUCGCCUCCGGCACUGGUGAGUUCGAGGCUGGUAUCUCCAAGGAUGGCCAGACUCGCGAGCACGCCCUUCUCGCUUUCACCCUCGGUGUCCGUCAGCUCAUUGUUGCCCUCAACAAGAUGGACACUGCCAAGUGGGCCCAGGCCCGUUACGACGAGAUCGUCAAGGAGACCUCCAACUUCAUCAAGAAGGUUGGCUUCAACCCCAAGACCGUUCCCUUCGUCCCCAUCUCCGGUUUCAACGGUGACAACAUGCUUGAGCCUUCCCCCAACUGCCCCUGGUACAAGGGUUGGGAGAAGGAGGGCAAGAACGGCAAGGUCACCGGUAAGACCCUGCUGGAGGCCAUCGAUGCCAUCGAGCCCCCUGUCCGUCCCUCCAACAAGCCCCUCCGUCUGCCCCUCCAGGAUGUCUACAAGAUCUCCGGUAUUGGCACGGUUCCCGUCGGUCGUGUUGAGACCGGUAAGAUCAUCCCCGGUAUGGUCGUCACCUUUGCUCCCGCCAACGUGACCACUGAGGUCAAGUCCGUCGAGAUGCACCACCAGCAGCUCAAGGAGGGUGUCCCCGGUGACAACGUCGGCUUCAACGUCAAGAACGUCUCCGUCAAGGAGGUUCGCCGUGGUAACGUCGCUUCCGACUCCAAGAACGACCCCGCUAUGGCCGCCGCUUCCUUCAACGCCCAGGUCAUUGUCCUGAACCACCCCGGUCAGAUCGGUGCCGGUUACGCUCCCGUUCUGGACUGCCACACCGCCCACAUUGCCUGCAAGUUCUCUGAGCUCCUCGAGAAGAUUGACCGCCGUACCGGAAAGUCCGUUGAGGACUCCCCCAAGUUCGUCAAGUCCGGUGAUGCCGCCAUCGUCAAGAUGGUUCCCUCCAAGCCCAUGUGUGUUGAGGCUUUCACCGACUACCCUCCUCUCGGUCGUUUCGCCGUCCGUGACAUGCGCCAGACCGUUGCCGUCGGUGUCAUCAAGUCCGUCGACAAGUCCGCUGGCGGUGCCGGCAAGGUCACCAAGGCCGCCCAGAAGGCUGGCAAGAAAUAA